AGCGCGGGAAAGUCGUUCUGGCCCAAAAUUCGCCUAAAUUCGAGUAAAAGCGGGGCGGAGUUAUUAAUAAUAACACCGACGAAACGCCGCUGGAGUAAAACACUGCCGGAGUGACACGCUGCUGUUGUUGGUGGUGAUUCCACCCCUCCAACGUGCCUGCGGCCCAACCGACAACUAACGUCCUGAAAUUUAAACGCUGGGUUUUUUUAAUGUUUGCCAACAUUUCUGCUCCCGAGUGAGCGUGGAUUAAGCAGUUCUCCAAACACCGGUGUCCCAGCAGCAGAUGGAGAUGCACAGCCCAUUGCCCAGCCCUGGCUGAACUCCCUAAGAAAUAAAAAAACCCACGUUAAGUCAAAGAGAGGAAGCGAGUGGGAGCUUUCAGGAAAGGCUUUAAAACUGGCUGUUUGCACUCGUUUUGAUUUACAUUAAUUUUAUCUCGCUCUGCUCUACGUUAAAACAGUGAUAAUCAGUUUAACUUCCAUCAGAUUGAACAGACACAGACUGGAACUGGACAAACACUUCCGAAAAACCUCGCUGGUGGCAAAGUAUUUUUUCCUUCCACAUAACACAGUCACAGACCCAAGGUUAACUUUAUGGGCCCAGCAGGACCAUGAGCUGCAGUGCAGGGAGCAGCUGCCCCUCCUUUCCCAGCCACAAACCCCGGCGGAGCCGCCGCUCCCGAGGCUGCUGGGACACCCUGGACACGGAUUCCCAGUCCCUGUCAGCACUGGGACACUUCCAAACCCUGCCCUUAGAGAUCUUCCACAUGGUGUUGAAAUAUCUCUCAGUGAAGGACAUCAGCACGCUGAGCAUGGUGUCCAAAAGCCUCGGCCAGCAGCUGAUCCAUUACAUCUCCACCUCGGCAGGGACCCGCCGGCUCCUCCUGCAGGACUUCCACAACCUGGAGCUCCCCGGCAGGAGGGAGGGAGCCUCCAUCCUGGAGCACUACAAAUCCCUAGGGCUGCUGUUGAAGAGGUGCACGUUGCUGCUGCCCACCAGGGACAGGCUGAAGUUCGUACACAAGGUACUCUCAGAAGUUUCCUGUUUUAAGCUCAGUGGUUGUGCCAGCCCUUUGCACUGCCUGGGGUUAAAGUGCUACGGGGUGUUUUUACAGAUCCUGACAGCAGGCUGGGAUGAACUCGAGUGCCACCGGGUCUUUAACUUCCUCUGGGAGCUGAGCAGUUUGGCCAGGAAAGUGCAGACAGUUGUCAGCAGCAGAGCAGGCAGUGCCAGGAAGCUGGAGCUGAGGAUCAGGCUGUACUGCAGGAGGGUCCUGCUCAACCACUGGAUCCACAGGAGCGACUCUGCCUUUUGGCUCACCCGCAUUUUGAAGCCCUGGCCCAUCGUGAACCAGGCCCGGCUGCUCUACAUCAUCUUUGGGCCCGUGUCCUCUCUGGAUGGACACGUGGUGUGGCAGAAAAUGAUAGAAGGACCAACAGAUGAGAGCAGUCUGAAGGGUUUAGCUGAAGCAAUUAAGCUGCUGUAUGACACAGAAGCCAGGGAAUGGACAGCAGAUGAUGUUAUCAGCCUCGUGGAUGAGCUGUCAGUUGUUCCCCAGGAAUGGCUCAUGGAGAACAACGCUCGGCUCCUCCUCCUCAGUGGGAACAACAUCUGCUUCACCUUCCUGGCCAGCAAGGCUGUGAAUGGCAGGGCUGUGGAGCUGGCCAGGCUCAUGGUCUUCAUGGCUUUGGUGUGUGAGAAGGACCUUUACUGCAUGGACUGGGUGGUGAAAAUGAUGCAGAAGGUCUGCAGGGUUUUCAGCACUCCCUGGGAGAGAAACAACUUCCUGCAGUGCCUGGAGAACACCUUUGCCCACAUGCUCAUGGACAUGCUGCAGGCAGUGCUGGCUGGGGGGCACGACGAGGAGGACAACACCUUCCUGAAUUUAUUCCACCUGGUGAACGCCCAGGCAAACUUCCACAAGGAAAUCCUGUUCCUGGCCAUGAGGAGCAGCCCCAACACCACCUGAGCUCUGCAGACUCUGGCUCCUGGGUUUGGUUUUGAACAUUUGCAAAGAACUGCCCAGUUAUUUCUUCGAUUCCCGUUCCAGCUGGAGUGGCAGAAGUUGGGACCAUCCAUGUCAGUCCAGCUGAAGGAGCUCCAGGAGCUUUUGGGGACUCCACCGUGGGGUUCCUUGAGCUCUGCUUCUCCAGGGAAGCAGCCUGAGGCCUCUCCCUUGGGAACACGAACUUCAUUCUUUUCCCACUGUGCAUGUUUGCACACAGAAUAAAAAUGACAUGGUUUCCAUACUCAGACACCAACUGAGGAAUGUUAUCUUAGUUCAGAACCCAAAACAUGUUGGUCUUUAAAAUGUGUUUUCUCUCGGGAAUCCGAGGAGAAAGAGAUGGAUGGGGUCAGAGGAGCACAGCUACAUUUCUCCAGCUUGCCAGGGCCUCUCUCACUGACCCAGAGGUUCUGUGGCAGAAAUAUUCCUGACCUUGGAUGCUCAGCCACAGCCAGACAUGAUUCCUGGAAGCAGUUCAAGUGCUUUGACCAAGCAAGGCAUUUUUUUUCCCCCUCAACCUCCAGGUUUUCAUAAAGCAGAAGGAACUCCCAAAUCCCUCCCCCUUGCCCCAGGUAACAACUGUUGCAGUGUUUUGGCCUCCACAGGACUUUGCCAAGUUGAAGACACCCGUUAAAUGCACAUUAAAUUAAGUCACUGGUUCAUUAAAUGUAUAAAUGUUUCCUGCUUUAGAAAGGGGUUGGAUUUUCUGCUCUGUUGCCUUCAAAACAAAAGCACGUGAUGGGAAUAAAAAGCACUUACUGUCCGGGGGCUGUUUCCGA